UAAACCCUUCGCAGACUCGGACGAGGACAUGAUCGUCGUCUGAUCGUCGAACCCAUCCAGAAAAAAGGUCACCUAAUCAACCGUUCACCGUUCACCUGCUUCAGCUCCGCCCACAGCCAUGCUACGCUCCGCCCCCUCCUUCCUCCUCCUCCCCCUCUUCCUCGUCCUGACCCCGACAGCCUGCCAGGAGUUAGAGGUCAGAGGUCAAAGGUCACCCAGGAACACCAAACCGGAUGCUAUAAAGGUGCUGAUCUCCGAGGGCUGCGCCACCCAGGGCGACGACGCCGACCCCGCCCACGGAGGUAAAGAGAUCGACCUGAGUCCUGGUUCUCCUCUGGUCCUGACCCAUAAGAUCAGAGUGAUCCCGACCGGGUCUGGAUCUGGGUCCGGGUCUUGCGGCUGCGAGGCGGACUUCGCCGCCCUGAGGGAGCGUCUGGAGCGGUUGGAGAGGGAGGUGUCGUCGCUCAGGGAGAAAUGUGGAGGAGCUGAGGGUGGAUGCUGCACCUCCAAGGAGAGCAAAGGUGCCGGAUGCUCCAUCAACGUUGGCGAAUGUCCCAACGAGUGCAGCGAUCAGGGCCGCUGCGUGGACGGGAAGUGCGUUUGCUUCGCCGGCUUCAGCGGACCGGACUGCAGCGAGUCCAACUGUCCCGGAAACUGCAACGACAACGGCCGCUGCGUCAACGGACAGUGUGUGUGCGAUCCCGGCUUCACCGGACCCGACUGUUCGCAAACGGCCUGUCCCGACAACUGCAACGACCGCGGACGAUGCGUCAACGGUAGAUGCGUCUGCGACAGCGGUUUUACCGGACCGAGCUGCUCCGAACAAACCUGUCCCGGGAACUGCAACGACAGGGGGCGCUGUGUGAACGGACAGUGUGUGUGUAAUCCUGGAUUCGCCGGUCCAGACUGCUCCAAGCGGUCCUGCCCCGACAACUGCAGCGACCGGGGACGAUGCGUCAACGGUAGAUGCGUCUGUGAUAGCGGUUUUACCGGACCGAGCUGCUCCGAACAAACCUGUCCCGGGAACUGCAACGACAGGGGGCGCUGCGUCAACGGACAGUGCGUUUGUGACGUCGGAUUCUCCGGUCUCGACUGCUCCGAGAUCUCCUGCCCUGGAAACUGCAACGGCCGGGGGCGCUGCGUUAACGGACAGUGCGUUUGCGAGGCGGGCUUCGCCGGACCGGACUGCGCCGCUAAAGGCUGCCCGAACAACUGCAGCAACAAGGGGCGGUGCGUCAAAGGGAGGUGUGUCUGUAGGCGGGGCUUCACCGGACCGGACUGCAGCCAAUGUGAGGAGGGGAAGACCGGAGCCAACUGUGACAUGGUGAUGUCUGGAGUUUCACAGUUAAAGACACGGGACGUAACAGAAACCUCUGUUACUCUGGUUUGGUCUCCACCACCGGUCCAGUACGACACCUACCACAUCACCUUCAGCAGCCAGAAGGAGGGCGAUCAGCUGAUCUCGGUGCAGGUGGAGGGGGGGCUGACCUCCUUCACUCAGACCGGACUGGCCGCCGGGCAGGAGUACGAGGUCCGAGUGAGCGGGGAGGUGGACGGACGGAGAGGAGCCCAGAGCACCGCCCACUUCAGCACCCUCAUCUCUGGUCCCUCUAACCUCCAUGUGGUGAAGACCACCUCCACAUCAGCCGUGGUCCAAUGGGAGCAGUCGCAGGGAGAGAUUGACAGGUACCGGCUGACCGUCACGCCCACUGAUGGAGCAGGGAGGAGUCAGGAAAUGACCGUCCCACCUGGAAGAAACUCCGCCCACAUCCAGCAGCUGGAGGCGGGGCGUCGGUAUGAUGUCAUCCUGGUGGCGGAAAAAGGGUCGAGUCAAAGCAAACCCGCGACGACGCAGGCCACGCCCGGCCCGGAACCUCCGUCCAACAUCGUCUUCAGUCAAGUGACAGAAAACUCUGUGACGGUGUCGUGGACCAAACCAAGAGUCCUGUCAGUGGUUUUAAAGUCACCUACACCCCACUCAGAGGACGGUGAACCGGUGUCGGUGUCUCUGGACUCUAAGGACUCCUCCGUCAGCCUAUCACAGCUCUCCCCCGGUUCGUCUUAUGAGGUCAGCAUCCUGUCCAUCCUCGGAUUGGACGAGAGCGACCCCAUCAAAGACCUGGUCAUGACCCUCCCGGACCCUCCCACGGAUCUUCGUGCCAUAAACGUCUCCGACACCAAGGCCUUACUGUUGUGGCGUCCGGCCCUGGCCACCGUCGAUAAAUACGCCAUCGUCUACGGUUCAGGAACAGGUUCAGAGCUGAGGAUCACCGUGUCUGGAAACGCAGCAGAGCAGCAGCUGAGCGGACUGGAACCGUCCACCACCUACAGCGUGACCAUCAGCAGCGUCCUGGGGGCUUUGGAGAGUUCAGCGUCCAGCAGCAGCUUCACCACCAGCGGUGGUGGUAGAGAAGGACCCCGUGACCUCCAGGCCACCAACGUGACGCCUCGCACGGCGCUGUUGUCAUGGAAACCACCAUCAACGCCCUUCAGGAGCUACAGGCUGACGUACCAGACGGAGGGAGAAGAGGUGAAGGAAGUGAGCGUCGACUCCACGGUGACGGAGUUCAGUCUGUCCAGACUUCAUCCUGGAUCUGUGUACCGAGUUCAGCUGGAGGUGGUGGGAGGAGGACGCUCCAGGGAGCCCGUCUCCACUGAGUUCACCACCGGGACCCUGCGCUUCCCCUUCCCCUCCGACUGUUCCCAGGAGCUGCUCAACGGCAUCAGGACGUCCGGCGUCGUCGACAUCUUCCCUCAGGGCAAACGUGGCGGAGUGAUGACGGUCUACUGUGACAUGGACACGGACGGCGGAGGAUGGACGGUUUUCCAGAGGAGGAAGGACGGCUCGGUGGAUUUCUUCAGAGGAUGGAACGACUACGUCAGAGGGUUCGGCGAUCCCAGCGGAGAGUUCUGGCUCGGUCUAGACGGGCUCCAUAACCUGACCCGGAUGACCCCCAUGACCCUGAGAGUCGACCUGCGAGACGGAGACGACGCAGCCUUCGAAUACUCCACGUUCGAGGUGGCCAAGAGGAACUACCGCCUGACAGUGGGCGGGUACAGCGGCACGGCAGGUGACUCCCUCAGUUACCAUAACAACCGUAUCUUCACCACCAAAGACCGGGACCCUGCGUCGUUCAUCACCCGCUGUGCCAUGUCCUACAGGGGGGGCUGGUGUACAAGAACUGCCACGACAGCCAACCUCAACGGCCUAUACGGCAUCGACCUCAAACACCAGGGUCUGAUCUGGACUUCGUGGAAGGGGAAGGAGGUGUCGGUCCAGUUCACCGAGAUGAAGAUGAGACCCACAGCCUUCAGACUAGGAUGAACUACACACUCAACACACACACUAAUACACACACACUAAUACACACUAAUACACAUGGACACACACAAAUACACACAGACUCACAAAUACACACAGACUCACAAACAAAUACACACACACAA